AAUAGUUAUCGCUUUGAAAAUGUUCAUCAGUUGGAAUUGAAACGCGAGAGACAUUCGAGUUGCAAAUAAAAUCAUGGCAACUGCUAAAUUUAAAGAAGCUUCACCAUUCACAAAGCGACGACCUCCAGCAUCCGCUGAAGAUUAUCUCUACAAAAUAUUUGAAGAUGAUUUGGCCCUUAAAUGUGAAUCCCAAUCCGAACCAAUACUCAAAGUCGCGAUCUUCGGUAUUGGUCGUGCUGGAACUAUUCACCUGUCUAACAUCGUGGAGAGCCCGCGAAUGAAGCUGCUCUACAUAGUGGACGACAUCGAAGAGAAGUGGCCGAAAAUUAAAAGACACUUCCGACUGAACGACGUUACUUUCCUGAACAGCAAACAAGCGGAUGUUGUCUUCAAAGAUUCUAAUGUGGACAUUGUUGUUGUUGCAUCACCAACGUACACCCACGAAAAUAUUGUAACAAAGGCCCUCCAAAGUAAAAAAAGUGUAUUCUGUGAGAAGCCAGUUGCAGAGGAUCGAAAGAACACUGAGAAAUGUUUCAAUGUAGCUAAAGACGUUGGACGAACCCUUUUCACUGCCUUCAAUCGUCGUUUCGAUCCCAGUUAUGGUACCGUGAAGGACAGAGUUCGGAAAGGAGAAGUUGGUCAUGUUCAAAUAAUGUCAAUUACAUCCAGAGAUUCACCGAUGCCAACGAUAGAGUAUUUGAGAGAUUCCGGAGGCAUUUUCCAUGACUGUAUGGUCCAUGACAUCGAUCUGAUGACUUGGCUCCUUGGGGAAUAUCCAAUCAAGGUCUCCGUUCAGGCAGUUGCAAAUUUCCCCGAAGUAAAAGCCAUCAAUGACGUGGACACCGUUGUGGCAACUCUUGAAUUUCCUUCAGGAACUCUCGGAAUGAUAAAUCUCUCACGUAAUUCAGCCUAUGGAUAUGACAUGCGUAUUGAGGCAUUUGGACCCAAAGGAAUGAUUCGAGCUGAGAACGAGCAGCCGAUCCACUGCGUUGAGACUCAGUACGGUCAUGAUGGACCAAGACAUGCCCCCAUCUGGUACUCGUUCCCCAGUAGAUUUCGAUUGGCGUAUCGUAGAGAAAUGGACAACUUCCUGGAUAUUGUUCUGGGUAAACAUGAGCUCAACGUUAAACCCAAAGAAGUUCUAGCGGUUUCUCGAAUUGCAUCGGCUUGUGAAGAAUCAGCUAGAACUGGUAAAAUGAUUGAAAUCAAAUGGAAUUCGGGAGAACUUCCAACAGUUCAGUAAAUAAUUGGGACUGCGAACGCACCAAACUAGAACCCAUCAUUGACAGACUCCUCAAACUAACAUCGAGUUUUGCUAUUAGGAGUGUGAAUAAGUCUUUCCCGUUUUUUUCAAAUUUUGAGCCUUUAUUGUGAAAAAAUGGUUACAAAUGAAUUAUUGAAAGUAUUGGCCAUCGUCUUCUUGCGUUUGACACGAAUCUUCAUCAAGCAAAGUCGCCAAUUCUUGAUCAUCAAAGAUUUGCGGCCGUCCGGAACGCUCCUUGUCUUCCACGUCGAAAUCACCACUUUUGAAGCGUCGAAACCAUCCGCGAACACUUGAAUCAUCGACACAACCUUCUCCAUAAGCUUCCUGAAGCAAUCGAUGCGCCUCGGCAGCAGAUUUCUUCAAAUUGAACCAAUAAAGUGAAACUUCCCGCAAAUGACGUCGACUCGGCUCAAAUUUCGACAUUUUCACGAUAUCAAAAAUUUAUGAUGCGAAAAAAUUUCAACUAAUGUGUUAGUGUGGAAUUGUUGACAGAUGAAUAAGCUUUGAUUAUGACAUAUGUGACCAUUGAAUACUCGCACAGUAUUGGUGGCGGCAUCUCUUACAAAAAACGGGAAAGACUUAUUCACACACCUAAUAUCAAUAAAUUGGACCAUAUUCGGGUACUCUGCCACAAACGCAAUCCUAUGAAUAGAAUCCGUUACAAACACCCUCGUCAUACCUUAUUUGAAAAGCUUGAAUCUAGCAGAAUUGAGAAUCUGGGAUCUGACUCCUCGCGAAGUCUUGAAUACCUCCAAUAAUGGACUUAAAAAAAAAACGAAUUGUUCUCAAAAUUGUCAACAUCAUUUCUCUCAUCGCUGCGGAAAACCCAAUCACCUUUUGUUUUGUGUUUUGUUACAACAAUUGCUAUAGAAUAAAAUGUAAAUAUUUGUAAAUACUUGGCUGAAGGCCCUCGGGCGAUGGCCAGCUGCAAGUUCUUGCAAGAACUUGCAAUGAAUUCCGUUAAAUAAAAAUAAUUGGGACUCAUAAAUGGGCAAAAAAAGAAUUCAGCGAUGUUCAGGUGUUCAGGAUAUUAAAAUGCUGCCAAGUUUUUGAAAAUCUUUUUGGACAUUUUUAAAUAUAUCCUGACGCCUUGUGGGGUGUUUCAGAGUCCUGAAGAACGUCGUUUGGUUGCAAUAAAUUAUUGAAAACAGGCGAUUUAGCCGGUGUUUUACGGCGAAAAGGGAAAUAUACACAGGCCAAGUGUAAAAUUGCAGUCAAUAUCACGAAACUUCAUUCGUUAAUGAGAAAUUAAUAAACACACCUUCUACGAAAAUAAUAA